CGAUCAGGUGCUCAAACGAAUGGGUACCGAAAUCGAAAGUUGGUUAAAUUAUUCGGUCAGAAAGACGACGGCGUAAUUAGCAAUAAACUAAAACCUGUAAUUAUUUGAACGCUAACCUGUAAAGUUUACUUUAGUUUCAUCGUCAAAUCUGAAAAUGUCGAAAACAUCUGUGCUUAGAUUGAGUAAAGAGAACGCUGUUAAGGUUGGCAGCUUCCACCAGUCUCUGAACCAGCAGGCAGAAGAUCUCUUAUCAAAUCGCAUUCCUCGGAAGAUCUCGCAGCUGGACAACAUGCUGAAGGCUGAUGAGUUCAGUCUCACGGACCUGUCCUCUGUCCACGCACCUCUGGACAUCCCUAUUCCGGACCCCCCUACUCCGGAAGAUGAGGAGAUGGAGACCGACAAAGACAACGAGGAGGAGAAGAAGAAGAAGAAGAAGAAACCUCCACAGUGCGGCUACCUCAAAGGCAACGAGAAGAUCGUGAGUUUACUGGACAGAGUGAAGCCGGAGAUCAGGGCCCUCCAGGAGACUUACAUCACGGUCUCUUGCUGGAUACAGCAUCUUAUCCCUAAGAUUGAGGACGGCAACGACUUUGGUGUGGCCAUCCAGGAGAAGAUUCUGGAGAGGAUCACUGCAGUGAAGACCAAAGUGGACGGUUUUCAGACCAACAUUAACAAGUACUUUUCAGAGCGCGGCGAUGCUGUGGCCAAAGCCUCCAAAGACACUCAUGUGAUGGACUACCGCUCGCUGGUCCACGAGAAAGAUGAGGCCGCGUACUGCGAGAUCCGGGUGGUGGUGCUGGACAUCCGCGGGUUCUAUGUGGAACUGUAUGACAUCAUCAGCAAGAACCUGGAAAAGGUGACCAAUCCAAAAGGAGAGGAAAAGCCAUCCAUGUACUGAUGAGGGAGUCAGGAGAGGCAGAAGAGACGGACGGUGGCGGGAAACAAUCCAAGAGUACAUUUUUAUUUGCUGUUCUGUACCUUUUGUAUGUCCUCAGAUGCACUAGAUCAUCCGAAUCCUAUCCAGUACUGUAAUACCCAACAGGGACGUACUGUAUGUGAAUAUUCAGUCACCACACAUUCAGUUUGUGGCACCAAUAAAGCACAGCCUUCUAACCGAA